AUGGGGAUAGCUAAAAUAAACUCUAGCUACAAAGGAUUUGUAUCAUCAUAUGAUGAUGCCCAUAAAUAUACUGAGAGUGAUGCAGAUGCUCACAAGUGGGUUAGCCACCGCAAUCAUAGGGGAAAUAUCUGUGGUGUUGAUUUCAUUUGGCUUUGUAAUCCUAACAAGUCGCGCAAACCAUUAAGAACAAGUUGGGCUGAAGCAGUUUUCAGUAUAAAAAAGUAUCUGCUUCGAAAAGCUUCACUGGCUGAAGAUGAUGCAUUUGCCUUUCUCAAAGGUGACAACCAUGGUGAUUUUAUUACAAUUUCUGCUCUCCGUGAAGCAUUGCGCCAGGUUAAUUUAAUUGGUCAUCCUUAUGGACUGAGUUUCCAAGAUAUGAAAAAUCUAUGGGCCCAAGCAGACAUCAAUGGAGAUGGUGUUAUUGAUUGUGAAGAAUUCAAGGCAUCUUCAAGUCCUAAAUCGUUGAAUAUGACCUAA